AGCUGUAAGGAACCCCAAUUCGAGAGGUAGCUUCAAAGAGAACUAUAAUAUUUUCAGUUAAUUAAUAGGCAUAAUGGUGGUCAGCAGAGAUUUCACCUUACAGGAAGUGGCACUUAGGGACGGUAAAAAUGGUAAUCCAACGUGGAUCAUCAUUCGUGAUGGAGUGUACGAUGUGACGGAUUACUUGGAUGAGCAUCCUGGUGGUGGAGAGCUUAUAACGGAAUUCGCUGGAAGAGAUGGAACUAAAGACUAUGAUGAUUUUGGUCAUUCUGGCACUGCGAUGGAAUUGCUUAAGAAGUUCAAAAUUGGGGAACUGAACCUGUGCGAUCGUGCCAAAAAUCAAAAGAAAGGCUCCGAGUGGCUUCCGGACGGUGCGUGCAUCCUACCAGAUAAGAAGCGAAGCAAACUGCGCAAGUUAAUGUUCUGUGCUUGAAUCGAGUUCAGAUUUGCCGGACUGAGUAGGAUAAUAUUUAGGAUUCGUAUCGUAGUUUAUAAUGUAAGGUAUAGUUACAAUGGAAUAUAAGGUCAGAAUAGUAAGCAUGUAUCGCUAGAAAGGAAAAUUAAACAGGAACUAUGAAAGAAGUGACUAUCAUUGUUGACCACCUACAGAUCUAAUCGACUUAUAUUUCUCGAUUAUGCAUAGUCAGUGUGUGCGAGAUGUAUCACAAAGUCGACCACCCUAUUCGUGUGGGAAUGUAUAAGCUAUUCCUACUCUUACUGGCUAGCAGCGGUUUACAGAAUAAAGUCUCCAAGUAUUUGUACAUACUUGUACAAAUUAUUUGAUUCAAGGGUUUUGGUAGGUGUUAGCUCGAUCGAAUUCCAAAUUUCGUAUGUAGCGCAAAUCGUGUUGCAAAACCACCGUAACAUCAAUCUG